CCGCGGGGUUCUGCGCUCACGGGCCCUUCCUUGGCCCACGACCCCUGGUGGGGACAGGCCGGGAGCUGCCCGCUGAACGCGCUAGCGGGCCGGGCCGGGCCGAGACAGCGAUCGGUUUCCACGUGGCUCGUUUAAAACUUCCCGCGGGAUCCCGCUGCUCUGCCGGGCCCGCUGUCCUAGGGAGCGAGGCCGGGGGCGGCGCUUUCCCGUCACACGGUGGCUGGAGCCCCUGCCGCUUUUGAAGGCAGCCCUUUUUGUGUCCGGAUUGUAACCCCGGUGUUGUGCGGGGCCAGGUGACUGGCGCUGUCCACGCCCGCCUUGGCUCGGACCCACCCUCAGAGAGACGGGAUUUUAAACCACUAACCCCACGGAAACGCAGCCCGCCAGGAGGGGCUGGGCUGCUGUCUCUGAGCGCCCUUCGUGGGGUCUUGGGUGAUCUAGCGGAUGUCUGAAAGUUGACUUGAGCAUAAGCAGUGAGAUGUUUUGCCAUUUGGGGGCUGUGAGGAGGUUGUGUCUGGAGAAAAUAUUGCUACAGUGGGUUCUUCAGACAAGACCUUUGUCAGGUGCUGAAGCCGUCAAUGCUCUCAGACCUUUCUAUUUUGCUGUGCAUCCAGAUUUCUUUGGCCAGCAUCCCAGAGAAAGGGAAAUCAAUGAAAACUCUCUUAAGAGGUUAAAUGGCUAUUUGGAAAAUCUCCAGAAACCAGGAUUUAAGUCUUUUAAGCCAACUCAACUCACUUUUUAUGUGAGAGAGACAGAACAAAACUCUUCUGAUGUCCAAGAAUCCUUCAGUGCUGCAGGUUUUCGAGCCGUCAGUUUUACUUUGCACACCAGGGACUUAUUAAGCACAGUAUUGGACAUUCUCAACUCCUGCAGCUUAUCUACUGAGCAUGUCCAAAGCGUGAACUCUCAACCUCACAAAGAAGUAAAAGGGACGUUUUACAGGCCUAUCAAAUGGGAUAAGACUUACUACUCAUUUACUGGAUUCAAGGAUCCUGAGGAAGAACUAGAACAAGCCCAGAGGGUGGAAAUUACUCUAAUCUCCUGGUUAGAUAAUAGUGAAAAAAGUGCAAUAAAGAAGCUGAGAAAGAGCUUACCACUUAGGGAAGAACUAAACCGUUUAAAAGAUGAACUCACUCAUCAGCUACAGCUCUCUGAUAUCAGGUGGCAAAGAAGCUGGGGUAUUGCCCAUCGUUGUAGCCAGCUACACAGUCUAGGUCGUUUAGCUCAGCAGAGCCCAGAAGUAUUAAGGAAUGUUAAAGGACACACAGUAGUAUUCACGGACUGUUCAGGUAUGAGUGCAACAGGCCAUGUCAUGCUAGGCACAAUGGAUGUUCACCACCACUGGAUCAAAAUUUUUGAGAGAUUGCCUAGCUAUUAUAAACUUCAAAAGAAGAUGCUGCUUUUGGAGGACCGUAUAAGUCAUCUUCUAGGAGGCAUACAAAUAACAUACAUUGAAGAGCUGCAACCACUGUUAACUCUUGAAGAGUAUUACACCACUCUUGAUGCUUUCUAUAAUAGAUUGCUUAACAGUAAACUAUCUUUUCACCCUCGUAGUCUGCGUGGCUUGCAAAUGAUUCUAGAAAGUGAUCGGUAUGCUCCAAAUUUGCAUGAACUUGGGCAUUUUAACAUCCCAACAAUGUGUGAUCUAGCAACCCUUCAGUGGUUUAUUAUGACCAAAGCACAGCAAGCAAGAGAGAAUCUGAAAAGAAAGGAAGAGUUGACAGUGAUGGAAAAAGAGCUAAUCAGUGCUUCCACUGAAAAAUUUUCUCUGAAACAGCUGUAUAAGGAACCAAGUAUUUCCCAUGCACAGAUGAUAGAUUGUUGUAAGCGACUGCUGGAAGAAUCGCUCCCAUACCUGCAAGGCAUGCACCUCUGCAUUUCACACUUUUACUCAGUGUUGCAAGAUGGAGACCUCUGUAUCCCUUGGAACUGGAAAAGCUGAGGCCUGUCUAAUAAUCAGAGGAACUGUCUAUUUUCUCUGAGGCUAUAAACAUGAAUUAUUUUCUUUUAGAGUAAAUUAUUUAAACGUGUAUUUUGAUAUCCAUAUUCUAACUAAUCUAAGAACUUUCUUUUUAAUUGCUGCUCAGAAAGUAGAACUUCAGUUCUAAACAGCUUGCUGAAUAAUGUACAUUAUUGCCUGUCCAUGCGUAAACAUUCUGUAUGGUUUCCAUACUCCUUUACAAGUCCCAUCAAAGGGAAGGGGUAAUGAAAGGGCAUUUUUGAUAGUUAAACAAAACUUUUGAAUUGGAUUUGAAGGUUACAAAAAGGGUUUUGGUUUGUUUUUCAUAUACAUGAAUAUUCCAGGAUGGAUUUUGUUAAGUUGAUAGAAAUUGUACCUCUAAAGCCAAGCACUAUGUACUAUCUAAAGUAGGUAAUUAACUGGAUUCAAAAAUUAAGAAAUAUCUUGUCAAAGUAGUUUUAGGGGCGGCAAAGGCAGUAGAAGUAAUUCUAGAGUCCUUCAUCUAUCAUUAAUUAUCUGGUUCCAAUACUGUAGUUACAUAUUGCUGUAUAUCUUACUGUAUAAGAAAUAUAGAAGGAAAAAUCCAUCAGUGUUUUUAUUAUGCAGAUAGGAACAGUACUUUGAACAUUUGUUUAAGAGGAGUUUAUUUUAAAUGUCAAUCCAAUAUCUGCCCAUUGGAGUAGGUGUUUACACUUUCAAAAUGACAUCCUCUUGGUAAAUAUAUCUCCAAUCUACAUUAUUGUUACCAUAAUUUGUUACUGGAGUAUAAGAUGCAUCAAUUGUUUUUAAGUACACUGUAGCUACGGGCAUGAUUGUGAAACUUUUACUCACACUGGUGAGCACUGAUCUGCAUGACUAGUCCCGAUGAAGUCUAGGGAUGGUCAUGCAAAUCAGUGCUCACCAGUGUGAGUAAGAGUUUCAAUCAGCCCUGAGGAUCAGACAUACUGAAUUUUAUUUAAACUUGAUAACUCGAAUAUCGUAAGAUAAGGAUGGAGGGCUUAUUUUCCGAGUAAAUGUUAGACACAUUAAAAAGCUGCUGUUUCACUGUAUUUCAUACUAGAAUACACACCGUGUUUGAGUUCUAAAUCUUGCAAAAUCAUCUGAAAGGAACUAGCCAGUUAACAUUUUUUGGACUUGGAUUCAUCUUUCAGAACUGGCAAAAAUACUGUAAAAUAAAUAUGUAUAAAUUAUGUAUAUUAUUUGUGUUAUUAAGAUUGCCCACCAUCUCCCAUUAUAAGAUUGUGUUUUCACUUGCUUAUAACUUUGCUGUACUUUAACAAUUUAGGCCGAAAUUUUUGAUGUUAGGUAUCUGCCUUAGGCUGAAUUUUUUGGAAAACUUCAACUGAAAUAGUUCAUCAUUUCAGAGAAUGAGUCAAAGGGAAAAAUAUUGUUUAGCCCAUGUUAAAUAUUUCUUGCUCUUCUUUGAACUGCUUCAGCACCCCUGUGCUUUGGAGCAAGAGGGUUGAUUUUUGUGUCAGGGAUGUGACUUUUGUCGUCCCCAUGAAAAUCCACUUGAAUUUGGCCAAGUUUUAAGCCUUUGAAGAAUUGCAUUUCGCACAUGCACAGUAGAGCCUUGCUAGAGCUUAACUGCUAAAACUUCUAAAGAUUCCAUCCUCAUUGAGUAUGCUCCAGCCCCUUAUGGCUCCUGUGUGUGACAGGACUGUGCAUGCACCAGCCCCACAGAACGUCUGAAUAUGCUACAGCCCAGGAUUACGAGGGCUCAGAAUUUCCUUGUAAUAGCUGUUUCAGAGUGGUACCGGAACUGAUCAGGGAGCCUGUGUCUCCUUUGCUCUCGAUGUCACCCCUGUCUGAAGUCCACACCAAGGCAGUAUGGAUGAUGUAGCCAAUUGAUUUGAAGGUAGAGGGAACAAAAGCUGGACCCGAGCGGAGAGAAAGGAGUAGGCUGGGACAAGGAGUCUUCUGAGAGUGGGACGGGAAGUAACUGACUAGAAGCUGAUUGGUAGGGAGAGACCGGGCAAGAAGGAGACUGGGACUGGGAGUCAGUUUGCUGGGAGGGGAAGAUAUUGAUAUCAGAUGAGGAACGAAGAUGAGGCAGGGACUAGGAACCAAUGUGGCAGGGCACCUCGGAGGAGAGACGUCUGUCAAGGAGUUGGCUGGGUGAAGAGAAGAGACAAGGAGUCUAGGUGGGAGAAGGGGACCGAGAUUGGAUGAGGAGCCCAGGAAGGGAGAUUGAAACUAGGAGCUAGUGUGGAGAGGGGAGAGACCAAUCAAAAGCUAGGUGUGGAGAGACUGGGCCUGGCUGGGCAAGGAGUUUGGGGUAGGAAGUGGGGAACGGGGACUAGCUGAGCGAGGAGACUGGGACUGGGUGUGGGGAGGGAAAGAGAUGGGGAGCCAGGGAACAGAGGGGAUGGGGACAGCAUGCCCAGGGGGAAAGACAGACUGGCUGGGCAAGGAGACUGAGAUGUGAAGACUAAGGAAUGGAUGCUGGGAGUGGCCAGGCGAGGAGAAUAGGGAUUGACACAAUGAGCCAGGGCUGGGGAAGAGACAGGACCAGGACAAGUUGGAGGGAAAGGGAUGGGACAGAAGGGGUCAGGCUUGGGGGGAAGUGGGAAGGAGUGUCUGUGCCCACUGGAGCUUGGGUUCUAUUCUAGACUCCCCAUUCAGAGUCUAGAAUAGAACUCAAGAUUGCAGAGUCUCACCAUUCCUUUGCUGUCAGCAAACAUCUGUGAAACCCUUGUCAUAGUGUGUGUCCCAUCCCCCACUAGCACUGGUCCACGUAGAGGAUGACAGCCUACUCCUGCUAUCCGUUACUCUAUUGGCUCAAAUGGGAGAGGUCUGUGUGGUGAAUCUAAAGGUUUCAACCCCGUUGGUGACCCAUGUGGGUGUCAAUAUGAUGUCACAUUAUGGAAUUUGUUUUUUCAGUUUCUUUAAAAAAAGCAACUAGGAAAUAGCACACAAACUAUGUUGAACAUUCAAUAUUAAGGUUGCAGAAUUAAGCACUCAAAAGUUAGGAAAUAGCAGAAUGUAGAUUGCCUAACUCAACCCUCAGCAUUCUUCACAUCUAUUUUUUUUUGUGUGGCAUGAGAAAAAAGGGUAGUGAUCAAUAACUACUACUAAUCAUAAUAAAAAUCCAAAGCCAGUUAUAUUUUCGAGUAUUCGUUGAUUUCAUAUUUAAUAAUCAGAUUGGCUGAGACUUGAGACUUUUUCUUCUCUUUUGUUUUGACUACUUAAAAUCAAAUAUUUGAAGGAAAGGGUAACAAUUCUUGAAUCUCAACCAGUGAUCAAAGAUUUGAGAGGUGGGCCAUCCAUUAUCAAACCAGGACAUUCCAGAUCAUGUCAUUCAAACUUCAAGAAGUAGUUUAGUCUUUACCAUCGCUUCAGAAAGGACAUUGAAAAGACAAUCUCUUCUGUUUCAGCAUCAUGUUAAUCUUUACAAACUGAUAAACAUUUAAUUUUUAAAGAAUAAUUCCAACAAUAAUUCCAAUCCUAUGUAUAACUGUGGCUGUAUGAUAUUCAUGCUUUGGCAAACAGGAGCAUUAAUUUUGGUAAUUAUAUGUCUAGCAUUUUAAAGCACUUGAAACUAUUAUUCUGGUGGUGUGAUAUGUGAAGACAUUCCCCGGUAUCCAAAACAUUCUCCCCACAUAUUUACUCACUAUGCCUCUUUCACUUCUAGCGCUGUAUAUGAAAACUGUGAAACCAUUGCCCAUCUUGUCAUUGUACUUUUGACUUUUACAUACUAUGAUCUACUCUCAGGAACUAACAGUUUUUUGUACCCACUUACGAUUUAGAAGGUGUUGAAGUGUCAAUUUUGAAUCUCAGGGCUUGUCCACAUGGCUGCUUAGUGUACAGUAAGCUGGGGUGGGAAUGUACAGCACGCUAGCCUGUGUGCUAAUUGGCCUUGUGGACCUUGCUACUGCACACUAAAAGUUCCAUACUUUUAAUGCACAGUAACAGAGUCCACACAGCCAGUUAAUGCGCAGCAGGCUAGUGCACUCUGCAUUCGGCACCCUGGCUUGCUGCUAAGUAGGUGUGUAGACAAGCCUAUAUUAGAUGUGUGUGGAUGGGAUAGAAAAGGAAAAUUCUCCCAUAGAGGACAAGUGGCUGAUUAACAAUGUAAGUGGAUUAAUAAUUCAUCAUAACUUUUUCUUGUAGAAAGUAAAUUAGGUAUAUAGCCUAAAUUGUGUUCACUGUAGCUGAAAUAACCUGUUCCUCUUAUGAGGAAAAAGUGAAACUAAAGCCUGUUAAUUAAAACUUUUGUCAUUCUCCUAAUAUGCAAGCGUUUGUCCACAAAGAGGAUAUUUGUAUGAUUUCAUGGGUAUAUGUAUAUUUAUACAUUGUGUGAAUUGUAAAUGUAUAUAGUAGUGAA